AUGCCUUCGUCCUUCGAGCCGGAUACUGGCACUACUUUUUUUUCGGUGUCGCUCAUUUCGCUACAGACCUGGAUCAACUGUUUCUCCAUCUCCAAACAUCAGCUCCCUGCACUGGGAAAAGGGGCCCAUCAUGGCUGGCCAUUCGAUAUUGUCAUUUGCAAGAUGAGUGGUCUAGUGCAAGGAGCCUCUGUGUCGGCAUCAGUCUUCACAUUGGUCGCCAUCGCAGUGGAGAGGUUUCGUUGUAUCAUUUACCCAUUCCAACAGAAGCUGACCCGAAGGCAAGCCACUGUCACCAUCGUGUUCAUCUGGACCCUGGCAGUCACCAUCAUGUGUCCCUCUGCCGUCACACUGACCGUCUCCAGGGACGAGUACCACAUCAUGGUGGACAGUUACAAUAGAACCUACCCUCUUUACACCUGCUGGGAGGCCUGGCCUGACCAGGACAUGCGGAGGAUCUACACCACCGUGCUGUUUUCGCAUAUCUACCUAGCACCGGUCGCACUGAUCGUCAUCACAUAUGCUUGCAUUGCUCUCAAGCUCUUCAAGUCCGCUGCGACCAUCAGGGACGCCCAUGCCGAAGAUGACGGACAGAGGGUCUCCAGGAAAAAAAUUAGAGUCAUCAACAUGCUGAUAAUUAUGGCACUGCUCUUCACGGUGUCCUGGCUGCCCCUGUGGACACUGAUGUUGCUGACUGACUACGGCAACCUAACUGCAAGCCAGCUGCAAUUGGCCACAGUGUACAUCUUCCCCUUUGCACACUGGCUGGCCUUCUUCAACAGCAGCGUCAAUCCUAUUGUCUAUGGCUACUUCAAUGAGAACUUUAGACGUGGGUUCCAGGCCGCCUUCAAGUUCCAGCUCUGUUUCAUGGAGAUGGAGAACCGUCACCGAGCAACUACAAGAAGAGCUGGCAUUUGGACCCAUAACCGCGUCUUUGCAGAGGCCCCCCCUGACUGUUCUGAUGGACAGAAAAACAGGAAGAGGAAAGGGAUUCGUGAUGGGAAAAUACAGAAUGAGCUUGUACUGGAGGAUCUUGAGUAA